UUUUCCUCUCUCUCUGGGCGGUGGUUGAGGCCGCUGGUAGUUAGGAUCGAUUCUGCUGCUGCUGCUGAAAUCGCCGCGGCGGACAGCGGCGGCGGUUGUGUUAGGUAGAUCAAUGAAGGGGCAUUUAUGGCAGGCUGGGCAGCUGAAGCUGUAGGCUCAGCGCGGCUUCGCUGCCGCCGGUGAUCCCAGGAGAGGGAAGGAGGACGACGGGCGCGUUGCAUGAGAGAGACAGCCCGGGGAGAGGGGGGUGGAGGCAGAGCAGGCGGAGGCGUCGAGCCAGCCAGCGGCAGGAGCAGAGACCCGUCCCAGCAGCCGGGGGGAGAGAGGCGUUUUCCAGCGGUCGCCUCCCUGAAUCGCGCCCCAGCCAAGUUGCCUCCAAAGUUGCUUUCCGUCCGCGGGGGAAGUUCGGGCUUAGGCUGGGCAAUGAUUUUCCCCAAUAGCAGCAGCAACUCUGCGGGCGGCAGCAGGACUCCUUAUAGGAAACAGCAGCCCAUUGUGCCUGCCCAUCCAAUGGCUCCUCCUAGCCCCAGUAUCACCAGCAGCAAUAACAACAGCAGCAGCAGCAGCAACUCAGGAUGGGAUCAAUUAAGUAAAACAAACUUGUAUAUCAGAGGGCUGCCUCCAAAUACCACUGACCAGGACUUAGUAAAACUAUGCCAACCAUAUGGGAAAAUUGUAUCUACGAAAGCUAUUUUGGAUAAAACAACAAACAAAUGCAAAGGUUAUGGUUUUGUGGACUUUGAUAGUCCAGCUGCAGCUCAGAAAGCUGUAUCUGCCCUGAAAGCCACUGGAGUUCAAGCACAGAUGGCAAAGCAACAGGAGCAGGAUCCAACUAAUUUAUAUAUUUCCAAUUUGCCACUUUCAAUGGAUGAGCAAGAGCUUGAGAACAUGCUAAAACCCUUUGGACAAGUUAUCUCAACAAGAAUACUUCGUGAUUCCAAUGGCACAAGUCGUGGAGUUGGCUUUGCAAGGAUGGAAUCAACAGAAAAAUGUGAAGCAGUGAUUGCUCAUUUUAAUGGGAAAUUUAUUAAAACCCCACCAGGAGUUUCUGCUCCUGCAGAACCUUUGUUGUGCAAGUUUGCCGAUGGAGGACAAAAAAAGAGACAGAAUCAGAACAAAUAUAUACAAAAUGGAAGAGCAUGGCACAGAGAAGGCGAGGUGAGACUUGCUGGGAUGACACUUACUUACGAUCCAGCUACAGCUGCGUUACAAAAUGGAUUUUACCCCUCACCAUACAGUAUUGCAACAAACAGAAUGAUCACUCAAACAUCUAUCACGCCAUAUAUAGCUUCUCCAGUUUCUACAUACCAGGUGCAGAGUCCCUCCUGGAUGCAGCCCCAACCAUAUAUAAUGCAGCAUCCUGGGGCUGUAUUAACUCCUUCCAUGGAGCACACCAUGUCUUUGCAGCCAGCAUCGAUGUUAAGUCCACUGACCCAGCAGAUGAGUCACCUUUCACUGGGCAGCACUGGAACAUACAUGCCUGCCACAACAGCUAUGCAAGGAGCCUAUAUUCCCCAGUACACACAUGUUCCAACAGCAGCUGUUCCAGUUGAGGAGGCUAGUGGUCAGCAGCAAGUUACAGUAGAAACAUCCAGUGAUCAUUCUCCAUAUACUUAUCAGCAAAACAAGUAAUUGUGAGAUAUGUGGUGGUGACCUUGCCUAGAGAAGGAUGCAAAGGCUGAAACAAUCAUGGAUUUUACUGAUCAAUUGUGCUUUAGAAAUUAUUGACAGUUUUGCACAGGUUCUUGAAAACGUUAUUUAUAAUGAAAUCAACUGAAACUAUUUUUGCUAUAAGUUCUAUAAGGUGCAUAAAGAAAAAGAAAAAAAAAGAUCUUAAAAUUCAUCCUAGUAGCUGUUCCCCCUCCCACCCUCAAACAGGUUUAUUUUAGUAAGAAAUUUUUUAUCAAGUGUUAAGGACGCAAAAAAAGGAAAAAAAAAACCCUUAAAAAUAAUUCCGGUCAUGCACAGAUCAAAAUGGAGACACAUCCAUGUGCGUGACAGAAUCUGUCUCUUGGUUUUGUUUUGUUUUUGGUUUGUUUUGUUUUAACUUUUUAAAAAAUGUAUAAUUUUUUUAAGUUUAAUUAGUAAAACAUCCACGCUGAUGUUCUGUGCUUGCUGUGUGAGUCGCGCUCUAGUGCAGUGUUGCAAUUGUAGAGUCUGUUUUCAUAGCUUUCUGUUUCUUUUUCCUUUAAGAGUAGUCUGAAGUGUCUCAUCUUUUUUCUAUCAAUUCCAAUUUGCCUUAACUCUUUUAAUGCUGUAGCUGUUUCAGUACGUAGUCCAAACUAAUGGUGUAGAAUGCUUUUGACCAAAGCUGGUCUAUUAUGCCUUGUAAAACAGCAGGAUAGGGCUUUUAAGAGGUAGUCGAUAAAAAUUGCUGAAAAAUCUGGCUUUUUAAAAAUGUGUAGUAAGUGUUUUUAAUGAUUUUUUUUCCUCACAUAAUAAUGUAAGGUUGUGAAAUGCAAGAUUGGGGAAUAGGGAAAUGUUUUGUGUGAAACACAUUUUUCUGACUGGGGAAAUUUUAAUAGAAUAAAUUCUUUGUAAGGCCUUAUGCCACUUAGUUUUCCUCUGCUAGUUAGGAACUCUGCUGUAUGAUGCAAUGUUAAAAAAAAAAUCUUUUUGCCUUUUUUUCCAGAAGCUAAUUAUGUUUUAGUUGUAGGGUGGGGGAGUUUUUGGGUGGGGAAUCUGCCGAAUGUUUCUGUCCUUUCUAGUAAUGAUAAUGCUUAAGAACAAUGCUGUACUGAGACCUAGCAAAUAGAAGCAUUUGCUUUUACAGCAAAGGCAAAAGCUAAAAGACUUUUUUCGAAAUAUAAGCUGAGAUUUAAGUAGAAAAUGUAUGAGAUUGGGUACUUGCUCUCUAUAUUAGGUAAAUAAAGACUUGGCACUUUUUAAAGGUAACUUUACCAAAGAACAAAGAGCAGUAACCAAUAAUUUUGAAUUGUCUCAGCAGUUACAUCUUCUGUACUCUUAUUUUUUAUUAUUUUUUUUUUCUUUUUGCCGGACCAGUUUGCGGUUAGAAGAAUGUGCCUUUUUUUGUACAUUUGCAUUUAGGUUUUAUAAUUUUUAAUUGAUGUAUGGACACAAACAAACAAACAAAAAGCAUGAAGGAAGACUUGGAUCCAAGCAGUGCCACGCUUUACAUCAUCACUACAAGUGUUCAGUGUAAAGAAAAGAAGAAAAAAAAACAAUUUUGAAACUAUGAAAUUCCUGAUUUCACAAAUACACUGUUAUUUGUACUUUUUAAUGUAUUAGAUAAAACUCACUGCUCUUAAAAGCUCGUUUUUAUUAUGAUCGCAUGUGUAAAUUAAGUUGUCUUCCAAAACUGUGUACUUGUCUGGUCAACUGUGUAUGAUCAGUUAUCUACCUCAAGGCUUAUUUCCUUUUCUAAUGGGACAGGUUGCAGGCCCUCCCUGUUACCACAGACCAAAUCACCCUAGCUCAGGAGCUAGGCCUAAGCAAUUCUUUCUUUUCACUUUUUUUUUUCCUUUUUAGUUUUUAAAUUUUAUGUGAGUAUUCAAGUACAGAUGUCAGUGACAUUUCAUAGUUUCAAAAGUCAAUGCUGCUCUGAGAAGUGUAGAUUCUAAUAAAUUACAUAGUCAUAAGAAAUAUGUUUUGUUUUUGUUUUCUAUUUUUUUAUUUUUUAAAGAAAAAAAAGUUGUGGUAUUAUUGGUUCUAUGCUCCCUUGAAUUGACUGCUUUGUCAGAGUUCAGAUUCCUUGCAACUUGUUCCCUGGAGCUGGUAUGUUUCCAAAACAGAGGAAGAGGAGUUAUUUGCUACUUGAUCUUUUCUUUCAAUUAGCUAAAUGUUGGGUUAGAGCAGUGUUUCUCAAACCUGGCAACUUUAAGAACUGUGGACUUCAACUCCCAGAAUUCUCCAGCCAACCAUAGCUGGGGAAUUCUGGAGUUGAAGUCCACACAUCUUAAAGUUGCCAGGUUUGAAAACACUGGGUUAUAGGGAGGGAAUAGGUGCUGUUGGAAAGUCUGAACUAAGUGCCAUACUCAUUAUCUGCGUAAGAUUUGCAAAAUGUAUCCUCUGUACAUAAAAAAAAAAUAAUCAGUUAAACAUCACAUAGUAGACAGCCAUUAAAUUAUAAAAAAAAUAAUUUAUGAAGAAAGACCUUUUGUACAGAUUGAAAAAAAAAGAUUUUCAUAGAGAUAUCUAUAUGAUCAAGAGAGUUAAUUUUUUAUUUUUGUUUUACUAGUGCCACAAACUUGCCAGUGGUAACUUAUUUGUCCGGUUCAAGAUAACUCUGUCAUUUUGUUUCCUAGGACUUGUUGUUAAAUGCCAAAAGACAUUUUUGAACUGUAAAUUUGAUUAGAUUGUUAGCUUUUUUCUGUUUUAUUUCUUUUGAAAAUUUUUGAAUAAAAAACAUCAAAACAAAA